AUGAAGUCUAAAAAGCGUGACGAAAAAUUCUUGGCCUGGUAUCAGACGCUGCGACCACUUCGGGUUGACCUCAUCGGCGACUUUGCUGGCAAGGAGCUGUUUGCCAUACACGGCGAGGCUCUUUUGACGCACUGCCUCUCCGAGGCAAAAGUCAGCGAUCAAGACGGCUUCCAGCUACUCCAUGCCAUCCACGCGGUUGAGACAUUUCUCUGGAAUUUGCAGCGGCGUGGAUGCCAAUUUCACAUUGUUUGGUUCAGUAGCCAUGAACGGAUUUGCAUCCCGCCAGACUCCUCUCCCACCGCGUCCGGCUUCUAUCGCCUGACACGGGCCAUCUUGAUUCAACACUUCAAGCAUCACUUCUCUGGAAACGAGAUAUCUUUUCAGUUUCCCACUGUCGAAAGUGUCGAGUUUGAAAAGCACCUGGCCACAAAUUCCCUUCGUUUCUUCUUGUGCCUCGAUGGCUUCAGUCUUGACGCGGGCGCGUCGCUGUUUGCAAGGGGGCAUCUGGAGUUUAUCAAUCAGAUUGGCUCAAGAGGUUACAGUGUCGCUCUUAUCGACACGUUCGAGUUCAAAAGCUCCAAGGCGUUUGCAUCGGUGCUUCCACCAUCAGCCAGCACGGGAACUCUCGACCUGGAGAAACUGUCGCCUCUGCCGAGAAGAGACAUUAUUCAAGUAGAUGAAUUAGAGCGUAUGGCAGGCGUCGUGGGCGAUUGGUCACCUUGGGAUGACCAGGCGUCACUGUCGACCAAAGAAUUGGUCUCCCUCACCGGCGUCUGCAAUGUGCUUGUGCACGACGCGAGCAAAAUAAUGAGAAGAUGUGCAGCCGCAUACAUACUUCACAUUUCAGAACUGAAGAGAUGCAGUCUAUCGGAGAGACCUUGUCCGGCGAUAUCUCUGAUACCACAGCUGCGGGAAGGUCUCGACGCGUUCCUCGUUUGCUUUAGUGACAUCUGCGCCACGCACAUCGAAAGUCUGUCGAGACAGGAUAACUGGGAUGUGUUUGAUCUCUUUGACUCCCGAAUUCUUCGUCAAGUCCUAGCGAAUCUGCUCAGCUUGGAACCAACGGCAGCGGUCCUGGGCGAGGCCAGAAAAUUCGCCGAACGAAUCAAUUUGCUCACGAGUGUCGACAUUCUCGAGUUUCUUCCGCAAACUUCUACCUGUGCUUUACCACACCUCAGAAAAACUGUGGAAGAGUGCGACGACACAGUUCUGACUUUUAAACACCCUCACCCUGAUUUAAACACCUUUUUGGAGCCAAUCCAUGUCGUCGCCAAAGACAACACCGCGGAGACAGCUGGGACUUCCAAAGUAUUCCGUGAGCUGUCACACUGGCACAAUGCCAAUAAGCACGUCGAUCCAAAGACUAGACCUCGCCGUGCGGGCUUUUUUAGUCGCCAGAGAAACCAGAAAUUAAUGGCCGAUACGAUUGCCUACUCGGCGAGUCUGACCAACUCGGCAGGGAAGAACAUCAACCCUGAAACCAUUGUGACGGGUCCGAGAGGGAACCCGCAUCCCAGCAAGCACAAGGGCAAGAUUCACGUCACAGACGAGCUGGGCUCAAAGGCCCUUUGCCAUGAUUCGCAGUCAAAGAACAAGAAGAACCCCAUCAAGGGUGGCCGAAGCAACGCCUUGGAAGAAGCACGAAAAGUGCAGAGAGAGAAGCUCGACAGCAAGGCCCGUACUGUGAUAACAUUCUGGGAUGAGCGUUGUCGCGAGUUUCAAUCAGAGAGAAAUCUUAUACGACGUCUGGACAAGAUCAUGGCAUACAUGUCUAGUCUGUCUGAUGAUGCUCGAAGUCUCAUAGGUGCUGAGGUGCAUUUGUUCGUUUGCCAGACUCUUGUCUCCAUUUUGCGCGAUAGCGGGAAGAAAAAAGGUGCCAAAUUCAGGAUGGCUGUAUUCGCCAAAGUGUGGUCAGAAGUUCUCGUGGCCGGCAAACUGGCGCAAUCCACUGAGAGCCUCCGCUUCCUUGAAAAGCUAUCUGGCGUCUUCAGGAUGCCUAUGCCGGCCGCCAUCGCCGAGAACCACCUGUUGGACGGCCGUCAGCUGCCCUUCUCCGUUGAUGCUGACCUACAUCUACCCACAAGUCCUCUGGAGCUCCAAUUGGAACAUUGCGGUCCCUUCUUGGAGCGAAGUUUUGAUCCGGCGCCCGAUGCCCGUGUGCCGAACUUUAUUCCCGACGCAUGGCAGCGCAAAGUGCUCGACGCCAUCGACUGCGAAAAGAGCCUCUUCGUCGUGGCACCCACUUCGGCCGGUAAGACAUUUAUUUCAUUCUACGCCAUGAAGCAAGUCCUUCAGUCGACUGACGACGGCAUCCUGGUGUACGUGGCGCCCACCAAGGCACUCGUCAACCAGAUCGCGGCGGAAGUCCAGGCGCGCUUCUCCAAGUCAUACCACCACGACGGCCGGUCCGUAUGGGCUAUUCACACGCGCGAUUACAGAAUCAACAACCCGAGCGGCUGCCAGGUGCUCGUGACGGUACCGCAUAUUUUGCAGAUCAUGCUGCUUGCGCCUUCGAAUGCGGAGAAUGACAGGUCCUGGUCGGCGCGGGUGAAGAGAAUCAUUUUUGAUGAGAUUCACUGCAUCGGCCAGGCCGAGGACGGCGUUGUCUGGGAACAGCUCCUGCUACUGGCGCCUUGUCCGAUUAUUGCGCUAUCGGCCACGGUGGGCAAUCCGCUCGAGUUUAUGCAGUGGCUGGAAGCGUGCGAGAAAGGCAAGGGUCGGGACAUGGAGAUGAUUGUCCACUCUUCUCGCUACUCGGACUUGCGCAAGUUUUUGUACCGCCCUCCGGAGAAUUUGUUUGUAUUCAGAGGGCUGUUGCCAGUGGAGGGACUUAAGACGCCGGGGCUUGAUGAAGGGUCGGGAGAAGGACAGUCUUUCGACUUUAUCCAUCCCAUCGUCAGCCUCACAAAUCGUAAUCGUGGAUCCAUCGACGACAUCUCUCUCGAGCCGAGAGAUUGCAUGUCCCUGUGGCGAUGUAUGUCAAAGCAUCAGAACAAAGACUACCCUGUCGACAACACAUUACAUCCAGAAAACGCCUUGCCAGCCAUCGUCAAACGUUCCGACGUGCUAGGAUGGGGGGCGUCUCUAAAGAAAGUUUUGCAGCUGUGGAUUCAAGACGUCAAUUCGCCAUUUUCUGCCCUGCAACAGGAACUAGGAUCUCAGCUAUCUAAUCCAAGCCCUGAAACCCCUGUCGAUGUCAGCGACAGCGAUUUCAAGGUCACCUUCUCAGUGACUAACACGAAACAACGUCUAUUCACAUUGGCGCUACCUAUGCUUACCGAUUUACACGCCCGAGGAGCUCUUCCCGGCAUUCUCUUCAACUACGACCGUGAAGCGUGCGAGGCGACCGUUGUCUACGUCCUCGCACAGCUGGAUCGAGCCGAGAAAGUGUGGAAGGAGUCCAGCCCCGAGUGGGCAAAAAAGCUCGCCGGGUAUGAAGCUUGGAAGAAGACUACAUCCCAGGCCCAGCCAAGCACGGCGGUGAGCAAGAAACGGUCAGGAAACAGUCGCGGACAGGACGAUGAGAGAGUGUCGAAAAUGGAUAUGAUGCAGGAGGCGAGCGUGGAAGCAAGCAAAUGGGACAGUUUCGACCCCGACGCACCCCUAGAUCAGUUUUCCUUUGCAGAUGGGAGGAAUGUUUCUGACUCGGAGCUGCAGCCUCUGCUUAAGCGCCUCGUUUUGGCCAACGUACAGCCAAAGAUUAUUAAAGCCCUCAAGCGAGGCCUUGCGGUGCACCAUGCGGGCAUGAAUCGCAACUACCGGCAAAUUGUCGAGAUGCUUUUUCGCAAGGGGUAUUUGCGGGUUGUCGUUGCCACCGGAACACUUGCUCUUGGCAUCAACAUGCCUUGCAAGACUGUCGUCUUCUUCGGCGACUCGGUCUUCCUCACGCCGCUCAACUACCACCAAGGCUCUGGACGCGCCGGUCGCCGUGGCUUCGAUCUUCUCGGAAAUGUUGUGUUUGUCGGGAUGCCACUGGCCCGCGCCCUCGAAAUCAUGUCGUCCCGACUGCCCGACCUCAACGGGCACUUUCCACUCUCGACAACCCUUGUCGUCCGGUUGUUGGGCCUAAUGCACCAUACCAAGAGCUCCGCGUACGCGACAAGGGCCAUCAAUUCCAUUCUUUCCUUAUCCCGUCUGUAUCUGGGCGGCCCGUCGGACCAAAUGGCCAUCAAGCACCAUCUUCGAUUCUCCAUUGAGUAUCUUCGGAGACAGCAGCUUCUUUCUCAAGACGGCACUCCGCUCAACUUUGCGGGCUUGGUGGGCCACCUUUAUUUCACCGAGAAUGCCGUCUUUGCGUUUCAUUCUUUGCUAAAAGAGGGGUACUUCCAUCAAGUCUGCGAGGCCAUUGAGAGGAAACCAGAGGCUGUCUUGCUCGAGCUAGUCCUUGUACUUUCACACCUAUUCUGUCGCAUCCCCCUCGGCAUCCACAGCAGUGUUGCGGGCAGACUUCGGUCGCCGUCCGUGAUUAGGCUUCCUCCUCUUCCAGAAGCAGCAGAGUCUGUGCUCCAAGGGCACAAUCGGGAGACGCUGAACAUCUUCCGCCUAUACGUGAGCACCUUUAUCAAGCAGCAUCUAGAACAAACUCCAGACACAAAGCUGCCUAUGACGGGGUACGAAGUUGGUCCACAGCAUCCAUAUGAGCCGGGAUACCAGUCCAUGGUGCCACAUCUGCCACCCACAAAGCUGCGCUCACCCUUUGCGGCACUUUCCGGAUUCACAGAUGAUUUCGGCACGAUUCACGAGCUAUGCGCCACCGUACGCAGCAACGUGUUCCUAGAGGAAUCUGCUAUACCGUACAUUCCCCUCUACCCCGCCGACACGGCCGGCAAGCCGUGGAACGCCUACAUUUACGACUUCUUCAAGCACGGCGACUUGAAGGCGCUCGUGCGCGACAACAAGAUCAAGUCUGGUGAUGUCUGGUUCAAGCUCAAGGACUUUUCUCUCAUUCUCGCAACCAUUAUCACCAGCCUGGAGAACUUUGUCCGUUCCGACGGGCCUGCUGAUGACGCUGCCAUGAUGGAUGUGCAGGAUGCGGAGGAUACGAUACAAGCGCGGCUGGACGAGUUGCAAGAUGAAGAGCCGCUGCCCUCGUCAUCCAAUGUCGACUCUGCAGAGCGGCCGGCGGUGACGGCGCACAGGAAGGACGCCAAGGCUGGCAAGAAAAAGGUUGUGGUGGAGUCCUGGGAAGAUGAGGCGAGUGAUGAUGGCAGCACCACAGAGAGCUCGUCGGCUUCGGCUCGUGACGAAACUUCUCGGUUGGAUGACGGCAAUGGGAAUUUGAUGCAGGUGCUCCAGGCCUUUCGAAAGCUGCAGGAGGAGUUUGAGACCAAGUUCCGCAAGGAGUGGGCAUAA